UUGUCAUCGGCAUCCAUAAUUAUAUUUUUUAAUAUUUCCAAUCUCGCUGCUCGCGUGUCUAUUUUUAAGGAAUGUAAGAGGUAUUUUCUUGUAAUUGUAUUGUGUAUAUAAAAACAUCAAUGCAGGAUCAUAAAAUAUAGCAAAUAUUAGUUAAUUUCAUAGUUUAAAAACACAGUAGGUACUAUGGAAAACAAUACUGAUCAUUCAGAACAUUUGACUCCAAUCACUGUUCAAGAAGUAGAUGUAGACUUUUUGCCGAUUGUUUACGAAAUAAUACGAAGAUUAUUACGUACUUAUUUCAGCGUAGAGCGGGACUUUCACGAUAAUACUGCCAAGGUACGAGAGUCACAAGAUUGUAGCUUAAAAGUUUUAGAUCUACAGAAGAAAUUGGAUUUUGCGCGUGCACAGAUAAAGCGCCUACCUGGAAUAGAAUUCAACAAACAAGACCAACUUAAACAGUUUGAGAUACUCCAGACUCAACUACGGUUGAAAAGGGAAUUGCUGCAAAAGUAUCGUAAUAUGUGCUCUUUUGAGACUUCAUUCAAGUGAACAAUGCCUCUCCGAGCAAUAUUCAGAUAUUUAGCUAAUAAUGAAAGACUGGUUCAGAAGAUUGCCGAGUCCUACCCAGUUAGAAGAGCAGCCCAACUCGCUGUAUCUGUUUUCUUUAGAAGUAAAGAAAAGAUUUCAGAAUUGGACCC